CCCGUCAGCCGCCACCUGGGGGUUUUUGUGUUUAAUUACUGUAUCAGCUGUUUAAUUCACUGUAGCUCAGCCAGGUCAGACUUUGGUGAUGGUUUGGUCAUGUUGUGCUCCCCCCAGGAAUGAGACUGUGGAUCCGGAAUUGCCGGAUCUUCCUGAGGAUCCAGGGCCCCCCGUGCCAGAAGAGAGUCCGAUUGUGGUCCUUGUGGAGGAUGAGGAGGACGAGGAAGAAUCUGACCGGGUAACUGUGACUGCAGUGGAGCCUGAUGACCAGGAGGGGGAGCCCUUGACCUCAGGGGGGCCUGAUCCCAGGCAGCUGGAGAGCAACGCCCUCUGCAAGGAGCUCUCUGGGAUCUCCUGCCGUGCCACCUUUCUGGAGUACCUCCGCCUGUGGUGCUCCGUCACUCUGGGCCGGCGACGUAGGCGUCAGGGUGACAUCCACACCCCACCGACUCAACAUCUGGACCACACCGUGCAGCCACUUCCUGAGGAAGAAGCCACCUCCACCCUUGAGGAGAUUCCCGGGCAGACGGAGGUCCCCCACGGCCCUACUCAUAUGGCCGAGACUCCAGCCCUGGAGCCCAGCCAGUCCCCGUCUCCUCUGCUACAAGGCUUCAUCACUACAACCGGGACCAUCGGCACAUCUUCGGUUGAGAUGCCUAUGUCCUCAAGCCAGGAGCUCCUGGAGAAGGGGGCUAUGUCCUUGAGGGGAGGUGCUCAGGAGCAGCAGGAGAGCCGGACUCUUGACACCAGCAGUGAGGUCAGUGUCUCUAUCCGCAGCUUCUCAGAGGACCCCAGGGCUGACACUGAGCACCGAGGCACCACCACACCCACUCAAGUCCUCCCUCCUGAGACCCCCCUGGCCACGGAGGUGCCAGCUCCUCCAGGAGAUCCAGAGGGAGGCCAGGCUGUGCCUGGGGAGGCCCAGAAAGAGGCAGACUCUGCAGAGUCCCCGGAGCCGCCUCAGAUGCUCCCAGACAAACAGGAAGAGUCCCUGGAGGACCUCCUCAGUGUUACCUCCAGCAAUGGGCAGGUCCACCGGACCGCCACAGACUUUUAUGCUGAGCAGAACUUCUCCGAUCUGGCCAAUGGGAACCAUGUGCAUGGAUCCAACCAGAAGGAGUCUGUCUUCCUGAGGCUGAGCAACCGCAUUAAAGCCUUGGAGAUGAACAUGUCCCUCAGCGGACGCUACCUGGAGGAACUCAGCCAGAGGCCGUCGACACUCCCAGUGGCAAGGAGGACCCAUCCAUCCCUGGCAAAGACCAUGGUGACAUCCCCACCUUUGACGAGUGGAAGAAGAAGAUGAUGGAGAAGGAGAAAAGCCAGUCUGCCCACUCAUCAUCCUCCAAUGGCAGCCCUGUCGUCAUGAAGAAGGUGCAGAACUUUAAUAACUAUGCAUCGGUGGAAUGUGGAGCCAAAGUCCUGGCAGCGAACACUGAGGCCAAGGUACCAUUGCUGACCUUCAGGAACCGUCUUAAGAUUAUAGUGCGUAUGACUAUGACUGUUUGUGUCUGCCAUGCGAUGGACUGG